GUCACCUCGCAGAACCUAGCAACAGCGCAGGCUCGGGGGCCGAGUCCGUUAUGGCCGCCUCCGCCCUGGGCAGAAUGUGCGGGGUUGCACGAGAGAAGCUGUCUCCCGGGCCCGGCGCCCGGGGCCUCGGAGCGCUGGCGCAAUCUCUGGUGCUGGCGUUGCUGCUCGUGCCCAUCCUGUGCUCUGAUGGACCAGAGAAUCCUCCAAACAAUGUUACCGUUACUUCUCCAGUUGUGGUGACUACGCCUGGAAACCACACCAGCCCCUCUGUUUCCCAGAUCAGCACCACACUUAGCCCAGCCAGUGCAGAGAAAAGUGGAAGCAGCUCUGUGGCGCCCACCCCCUCUGCUGCUCCGUCUGUGCCCGAGGAGGAGGCUGACAGCAAUGAGGACCCCAGCAUGGAGGAGGAGGACCUUCUGGCUCUCAACAGCUCCCCGGCCACAGGCAAGGACACCCUCGACAAUGGCGACUACGGAGAGCCGGACUACGACUGGACCACCAACCCCAGGGAUGAGGAGCCUGAAGACAUCAACAUUGCGAUCAGCAAGGAGAGCAGGCGCUUCAGGGGCUUCCAGGACUCAGUGCAGGUCGUGAAGCUCCCGCCCCCCAACAGGGAGGAUAGCCAUUUCUUUUUUCAUCUCCUUAUUUUUGCUUUCUGUGCAGCUGUUGUGUAUGUUACCUAUCACAACAAAAGGAAGAUUUUCCUCCUAGUUCAAAGCAGAAAGUGGCGUGAUGGCUUGUGUUCCAAAACUGUGGAGUACCAUCGUUUGGACCAGAACGUGAACGAGGCCAUGCCUUCUCUGAAGAUCACCAAUGAUUACAUUUUCUAAAGCACUUGAUUGGCAUUUGCUUAGUAUGCUGUUUUAUUUGCUUAACUUUUCUAUGAUGUGCAGAUGUUUGCCACGGGGCAAGAGGUACUUAGCCGAGAAGGGGGAACUCUAUUUUGCCUUGGUGCUUUGAGAAUUAACUGUCACAAACAAGGAGUAUAUGGUUUCUUUUUUCUUUCUUUUUUUAAUCUUUCUUUAGAGCUAGAUUCAAUCAGGUGUCUGAAAUGUGAGUUAAACAUUACUUUAUCCUUUGGUGUAGUUGUUAUUAUUUUCCAUUUAUUGUGCCUCUGGCAGCAGUGUUCCCUUUGAAAGGCCCAUCCCGGGGCUCAGGCCCUGCGGGGUCAGCGCUGCUGGUUCUUAUCACUUGCUGCCCCCCAGAUGCUAUUUCCGGUCCUUUAUUCUACGUCUCUGGUUGAGAUAGGGCCCCACUCAGUAGACCAGUCUUACUGCCUCGGCUUCUCAAGUGCUGGUACCACAGUGUACCCACUUCCAAAUCUCAUAUUUUCAAACACAUUUUUUGUGUGUGUGGUCCCCAAUUUUAAUGUACAAAGAUAUUGCAAUACAAUGCUUUGCUUUAAAAUAACAUUUCCCCCCUCUCUUUCAAAGCUGCUUUAAGGAAGUGAAGUGGGUUCAGUUAGUGAAGGCACUUGCUGCCUACUCUGACAGCCUGAGUUCAGCCCCCAGGGCCUACGUGGUAGAAGGCAAUAGUCUUGGAGGUUGUCCUCUGACCUUCACAUGUGGACCAUGGCAUCUGUGCACCUAUGUACAUGCUUACACACAUGGUAAAUAAAUGUAGUUAAAAAGAACCCACUUGGGGUGUUUUAGGCACUUGACACACAGUGUAAGAUGAUGUAGUUGCUGCUUCAUGGUCACGGUAAACUUGUGUAGGGAUUCUGGCAAAAGAGACUGCAGUUCCCAGUGAGCACAGGUGACAUGUUAGGUAGAUUCCAGGUUUUGAUUUGGAUUACCGAAUGACGAUUAGGGUAGAAGCUGGUAGAGUAUUUAACCCAUGAGCAGGGACUAUGUGUCAGCAAUUGAUUUUAGUAUGAGCUCCAGGGUUCAGACGACAAGCAGAGUGUAAGACUGGUCAGAGGUUUCUCAGUUUGUUUCUUGAUCACAGUAAGUUGGAGGAGACUCUAGAGCCCAUUGUCACUUGCGUGAGAUUGUGUCUUGGUCCUGCAGUUAAAGCAGUAAUUGGGAAAAGUUCACACAGACUGUGUAACAGUGACCUUCAGACUUGCCUCCCUCCAGCCCCCAGCCACUGGGAUUAUUUGCUGUAUUUCAUGGUAGCCUGCCUUUUCAGAGUUGAUCAGAAUGUAAAUGUGUGAUUUGAACCAUGCUUGGCUACCAAGCUUCUUUACAACUUUGCAGAAAGCAUCGUCUUUACUGUGAGCUCAGUAAAGCCUGGGCGGGCAGGCGGGCCAGCAACCAUGCUCCCUGUGUGGACACAGAAGCAGCAGCGUUGACUUCCCCCGUCAGGGACAGUUGACUGUCCGAGGGAAGGGCACUGUGGUAAAAUAAACCUGAACUGUUUUAUUGCAGUAGUUUUUUUCAUA